AUGACUUCCAAUCGCCCCAUACCCAUCUCUGGGGCGUGGGAGAAUCCCGAUGCCUACAUUAAGGCCCUCCUACGCUUCUCUACUACGUCGGUGCUCUUCAUGAAUUUGUGUGGUGGCGUGCAUAUGGUCGACUUUCUGACACGGGAGCCUGACCUCUAUACACAAAUCCUUCCAAAUGAGUGGAUAUCGUUCUUUGAACAGCAUGAUGUCCAAGAUAUCAUCCGUCUGCUUCUCAGAGAGGACAUUGAGCACUUACGAGGCGCCGGCGAGCAUUCCGUAGACCAAAGCAGCCGUACUUGGAAUGGAGGAGCAUUCCCUCCCCAGAGCCUCUUGGACUACAUUUUUGACAUCCGUCAACUCACAAUCCAACGAGAAAUGCCUAUCUCAUCUUUAAAGAUGGUCGAAUUACCAAAGCAAGUUGCUAUGCAUAUGAACAAAAAAAAAGUACACGAGGUUCAAUGCUUUUCUCAACAUGUCGCAUCUCUGUCAGACACUGUCAGUAAGCGUCGCGGUGAGCAAGUCAGUCAUAUUGUGGAUUUUGGGUCCGGGCAGAACUAUCUUGGACGGACACUGGCCAGCUCGCCUUACUACAAGCAUAUCAUCGCAAUUGAGCGUAAGCACCAGUACAUUAGCGGUGCCAAGAGCAUGGACGUUCGAGCCAGAUUGGCAAAGAACCCGAACGCUCGAAAUUCUCAAAAGGACAAAAGUUCAUGCGAUAACUACCGCGGAACUCCGGAAGUGACUGUUCCUGCGACGACGGACAUCUCCCAACCAACGAUAGAGGGCUUGCACGUUGCAGAUGUUCCUGUUUUCAAGAUGCUGGGCGAUAUUAGCCUUCAAUCUGACGAGCUACUCGGAUCCCCCACUCAGAGCCCAUUACGAGAAAAGAUGUCCAAGCCGGAGAUCCAUACCCGCGGGACUCUCAGCUAUAUUGAGCAUGAAAUCCAAGAUGGCCACUUAGAGCCCGUAAUCGACCACAUCAUCCAUCCAUCCCCUGCUGGAGGUUCUGGUGGGAAGGAAAAAGAAGAGAGCGAUGCUAGACUGAUGGUCGUUUCCCUUCACUCUUGUGGAAAUCUUGUUCACCAUGGCCUGCGAUCUCUGAUACUAAAUCCUUCGGUUGUGGCUGUCGCUAUGAUCGGCUGUUGCUACAAUUUGUUGACUGAACGCCUUGGUCCAACCACACAUGACCUCCCUAUUCUUCAGUCUCUCCACCCUCGUCUUAAAGAGACUGGAGCGUCAUACGAUCCGCACGGGUUCCCUAUGUCUAAAUAUUACGAGAACUACCGAAGUCCCGGAGCAACGAGCGGCGUCAAGCUGAACAUCACAGCUCGUGCACUAGCCGUGCAAGCUCCAUACAAUUGGGGUGUCAAUGACAGUGAAGUUUCGUUUACCCGUCAUUUCUUCCGUGCUCUUCUCCAGCGUAUCCUCGUGGAUCGAAGUAUUCUUCCCAAGCCCUCUGUGCCGGAAGACGUUUUCUCUGACGGGACUCACCCAGAAGCUAGCACCAACUCUAUUAUCAUCGGAGCAUUGCCAAAAGCUGCCUUUAAGUCCUUUACUGCAUACGUUCGUGCUGCGACGAUCAAGAUGAGUCGAGACCCGAUAUAUGGUCUCCAGGUGCAGGAGCAUAUUGCUACCCUCACUGAUGAGGAAAUUCACUGCUACGAGACUCAUGCCCAGCUCAUCGAGGCUAUCAUUGUUGUUGAUCGGUGGCAAUUCCUCCGUGAACAGGACUCAGUCGAAGACUGCUGGAUUCAGCCAGUUUUUGACUACAGGGAGAGUCCGCGUAACUUGGCGGUCGUUGGACUAAAAAAGUGA